AUGACUAAAAAUGUUAUUUCAGUGAUUAGGUCAACAGCAACUGAUGUUGGAAGUAAGUUAAGUGAUUUACCUCCAGUAACAAAUGCUACACCUGAUAUAUUAAAAGGAAUUGGAGAAGUGAGUGAAGCAUUUGCACCUUAUGUAAGUUUAAUAGGCUCAAUAGCUGCUAUCACAGAUGAAACAUUAAAAAUUCUUGAAAAUGUAGAGUAUAAUAAAAAAACCUGUAAAAAUUUAAUUGACAGAAUACAGGCAGUAGAAUUUAGUGUUAAAAUAUUAAUAAGAAGGAGAGAAGAACACGAAGAAAAUUUUUGUAAUGCUGUAUACUAUAGAUCAUUUUAUCGAUUAGUUCAAAAUUUGGAAGAUAUUAAAAAUUUUGUACGCGAUGUGUCAAAACUUAAUGGAUUACGAAAAUUUACAGGUUCUAAAUCUGUCAAAAAAAAAUUUAAAGAGUUAAUCAAAGAAUAUGAUCAAGCUAUCAUUGAUUUACAUUUUACUAAAUGCGUUGCUGAUGAAGAACAACGCUGUAAAGAUAUCACUGAUUUAGAUGAUGAUAUUGAAGAAAUGGCACAGUUUUUAAAUGUUAUAGGAGUAGGUGUUACUGACAAUAACAAACAAAUCAAUAAGGUUCUAGAACAAAUUUCUUUAAUGAGACAAGAUUUAUUAAAUAAACUUGAUGAAAAUGCAAAUGCUAGGCAUACUGAACAGAGGAGUAAUGAUGAAGAGGGUGUUUAUGUACCAGAGAUUGUAGACAUUGAAUUAAUAGACCCCCCAAUCGAGUGUAGAGAAAGUAAGCCUUCUAGAGGAAAAGUUUUCAUGAAAUAUUGUAAGUUAGGAUAUUAUGUUGCAUGUAAAAGUGAUGCAUCUUUAGAGGGAAAGCCAAAGGGUUUUCCACGUAAUAUAGCAUUCUUAAAGAAAAUUGGUAAUGAAUCAUUUGAAAAAAUACCAUACGAAGGAUGGACUAUAGAUCGAAUAAAAAAACAUGUAACAAACAAUGGUAGAGAAAUAGUCAAUUUUAAAUCACAAAAACCUGAAGUUAAAAAGUCACAAGAUGAAUACUUGAGAAUUAUGAAAGAAGAUCCUUUUUGUAGACCAACAUUUCAAAAAAUCGUGCUCGACUUGAAUACUCUUAUUACAAUAGAAAAAACUAAAGUUGGUGAUUCACCAUGGUUAAGGCCUCGUGAUGCAUCCGAGAUAAAACUUAAAAAUGAAUCUUCAACCAGUAACGCAGAUCAAAUUAAUCCAGAUUCAAAGUCUCCGUCAUCGUCACUAAGAUCACCAAUUCUAUCAAAAAAGGUAAAAGGAAAAUUACCAGAAACAAAAAACCUUUCAAAAAUCGUAAAUAUACCCACAAUGCUAGAAGGUAUUUCUAAACAUAAAAAAGAAGAUAUGGAUAAUAUAUCUGUUAAAUCACAAAAAUUUCACGAAUCAGGAAAUGGUUUGGUAGUGAAAUCAAAAUCUAAUAAAAAUCGUUCAAACCAAAAUAAAACAAUCACUCAAGAACACGAUAUUUCAAGCACUACUACACCUAUAAAUUAUACGGAUGAACAUCCCAGAACAAAAUCAAGGAUAAUUAAUUUAAACAAUGCAUCUUUAACAUCAUCUAAAAUAUCACCGUCACCAUUCAAAACUCACGCAUCUAAAGCAUCAAUAAUCACUUCAUCAUCAUCAUCCAAAAAAGACACAUCAAAAAUAUCUUCAUCAUCACCCACAACAACAAAAACUCAAACUAAUCGAGAAAAUAAACCAUUAAGCAAAUCUAAUACAAGAUCAAGAAAGGUUCAAGCAAAAAAAUCUGAAAUCUUUAAUGAACCUGGAUAUGAUAAUGAUUUAAAUAAUAAUACUUCUGAUUCAUCAACUACUCUUGACAGUAUGGAUGUUGACAAUUCAAGUGACACUACCGCAGAUUCUGUAUCAGAUUCUGAUAGUGGGUCUGAUAGUCAAAAUGAAUUAUUAAACAAUGAAAAAGUAGCAAUUGAGUAUAUGGUAGAAUUACGUCAGCGUACCAGGCGUGUUAUUGCUGAAUAUGAUAAACGUCAAAAGGACACUAAACUAAAACCUAAAAAUAAAAGAGGUAAUCGUAAAUCUAUACGUAAGCCUGAAGUCGAAGGUAAAUCUGAAAAGAGAAAACCAUCACGUAAAUCAAGAGCUGCUGUUUCUAUGGAAGUUGAGGAAGAAGAUGAGGGACGAAAGCAUGUUACAUCCGAGUUGAAAAUUCAAAAAAAAGAAGCUCAAGAUUUAGAAGAAAGACGUAGAAUUUGGAAAGAUAUAGCUCGAAAUGCAAUUCCAAAAGUUCACAAAAUUGUUCAACAAUCUAUCAAUUCAAAACUUAGUAAUUCAAGAAAAGUCUCAAACUGUAUAAGAAAAGAAGCAAUAAAAGGUGUUCAAAAGGCCUCAAAAUCUCAUAAAGACAUCCAGGCUAAAUGCAAACAAGCUACGAGACAGGCAUUGAGUUAUUGGAAGAAACAUGAAAAAAAUGAACGUGAGGAUCGCAAAAAAGCCGAAAAGGAAGCAAUGGAGAUUUUACGUGCUGAAGAGGAAUUGCGUGAAGCUAGAAGGCAAGCACGUAAACUUAACUUCCUUAUAACUCAAACUGAACUGUAUAGCCAUUUUGUCGGUAAAAAGAUUGGAACUCAUUCAGCAGAUGAAACAACUGACACUACAACAGCUUCUGCAUCAGAAUCAUUUUCAAAUGUCAUCUCUACAGAUAAUCUAACAAUCGGUGAUAUUGAUAUGGACACUAUUAAUAAUGAACCAUUCGAAUCAUUCAAAGAUAUUAAUUUUGAUCAAGAAGAUGAAUCUUCGUUGAAAAAGAAGGCUUUUCUAAGUGCUCAAAAUGCUCUUGCUCAAGUUAGACAACAUACACAAAAUUUUGAUAAUAAUAGAAUAGCAAACAAAUCUACUGCUGAUAUGACUGUAUCAAAUGCAGAUCGUAAUAUGCCACCAAUGACUGAAAUUAAACAGCCUUUUUUACUUCAGAAUUGUACAUUAAAAGAAUAUCAAAUAAAAGGAUUGAAUUGGUUGGCUAAUCUAUACGAACAAGGUAUUAAUGGAAUAUUAGCUGAUGAAAUGGGUCUUGGCAAAACUGUCCAAUCUAUUUCAUUGAUGGCUCAUUUAGCAGAAUCCCAGAACAUAUGGGGUCCAUUCUUAGUGAUUGCUCCUUCAUCAACUCUACACAACUGGCAACAAGAAAUUGCUAGGUUUGUUCCUAGCUUUAAGAUACUACCAUACUGGGGAAAUCCUAGCACUCGUAAAGUGUUAAGAAAAACAUUAAAUAAGAAAAAUAUCAUGUUUAACAAAGAUGCGCCUUUCCAUGUUGUCAUCACUAGUUAUCAAUUAGUAGUGCAGGACAAAUCUUAUUUUGAGAGAACGAAAUGGCAAUACAUGAUUUUAGAUGAGGCACAGGCUAUCAAAAGUAGCACAAGUGCUCGUUGGAAAGCACUCCUUGGUUUCCAAUGUCGAAAUCGUCUUUUAUUAACUGGUACUCCAAUACAAAACAGUAUGCAAGAAUUAUGGGCUUUGUUACAUUUCAUAAUGCCAACUCUUUUUGAUUCUCAUCAAGAAUUUAGUGAAUGGUUCUCUAAGGAUAUUGAAAGUCAUGCUGAAAACAAAGGAUCAUUAAAUGAAUUCCAACUUAAAAGAUUACACAUGAUUCUAAAACCAUUCAUGUUACGUCGUGUUAAGAAAACUGUCCAGAAUGAACUUGGUGAAAAGAUUGAGAAAGAGGUCUUUUGUACUUUAACCGCUAGACAAAGAAUGUUAUAUCGUGGUCUUAGAGAAAAAAUAUCUGUAUCUGAACUGUUAGAACGUGCAGCCACACUGUCUGAAAAUGAUUCUAGCGUUGAUAGCUUAAUGAACUUGGUCAUGCAAUUCAGAAAAGUUUGUAAUCAUCCUGAAUUAUUUGAACGAGCAGAUGUCACAUCUCCAUAUUCCUUUUGUGCUUAUAGCAACACCUGGAUGAUAUCUCGAGAAGGUGACAAGUUAUACCUGCCUUACUCAACAAAAAAUUUAAUAUCAUAUCAUCUUCCAAAGUUGGUUUAUCGGGACGGUGGAAUAUUAGAAGUACCUCGUGAAAAUUCAAAUGCUGGAUCUCGUAAAUUUGUUCUAGAUCACUUGAUGAAUAUCUGGUCUCCUGAUUAUAUCCAUAAAUCGAUUAAUGAUUACGAAAAUGAUACAUUUGGAUUUUUAAGAUUUAUUGAUACAAGCCCAUCAGAAGCAUCUUCUACAUUCCGUAGUAAUAUUGUUCAAAAAUGGUUAAUGCACCUUUUAAAUUAUAAAUCUAGAGGAGUGCAUAUAACAGAUGAAAAUCCUGAAAGUUAUCCAAUUGCUGCGAUUAAUAAUCGCGCAAAAUUUUUGAUUUCUGAAACGUCUUUUGCCCUUUCGUUGACGAAUGUUGAGAACUCUGAUAUUUUAACUGGAUUAACAACUAUAUUUGAUCAUACUACAAAAUAUGAAAUUCAAAUGCAAAAUCCAUGCUACAUGCCAAAAGUUAUUGCUCCUCCUAUCCGAAUAGUAUGCUAUGAUAAAUGUUUUCAUAACGAUCAAAACAGUAUUCUUUUUGAACCAGAAAUCAGAUCCUCGUUUACUGGCACAAUAGAAUUGUUGCCUAAAAAAGAAAGAAAAAGUAAUAUUGUUGGAAAAUAUUUAGAACAAUCAGGUGGUAAAGGUAUCCAUGGUCGGACGUAUUUCAAAGGUCAAGGCUUCUCAUAUAUGCAAGUUCCGGCUAUGAAAAAACUUAUUAUGGAUUCUGGGAAAUUAGCAACACUUGACAAACUUUUAGAAGAAUUGAAAGCUGGUGGACAUCGUGUAUUAAUCUAUUUUCAGAUGACUCGCAUGAUUGACUUGAUGGAAGAAUACCUGGCAUAUCGUCAAUACAAGUAUUUAAGACUUGAUGGUUCUUCCAAAAUAUCUGAUCGUCGUGAUAUGGUUGAAGAUUGGCAGUCAAAUACUCGAGCGGGUGGACUAGGUAUUAAUUUGACUGCUGCUGACACUGUAAUUUUCUACGAUAGUGAUUGGAAUCCUACAGUUGAUCAACAGGCUAUGGAUCGUGCACAUCGACUUGGUCAAACGAAACAAGUCACAGUAUAUAGACUUAUUACUAAAGGCACAAUUGAAGAAAGAAUAUUACAGCGUGCAAAACAAAAAGAUGAGAUCCAACGGGUAGUAAUUUCUGGUGGUGAGUUUAAACAAGUUGAUUUUAAACCACGAGAAAUUGUGUCUUUGUUACUUGAUGAUGAUGAACUCGACACCAAAUUUCGAGAACAACAAUUGAAGAGAAGGGCUGAAGAUACCACUGCUACCAAAAAGGGACGUUUGAUCAAACGCCGUAAAAAGGAAGCAGUGGGUGGUGGUGAAUCAAAUGAGGCCAUCGGGUGA